UUUUGACCGGGGCAGAUGGACUGAUGCUGCCAAACCCCAGUCCCUAGCCCCCUAGCCCCCUAGCUUCCUAGCCCCGCAGUCUUGGGCCUUGAUUGGGAGCUCCGGGCGAACUCUGCCAGCAGCGCGAACGGGCUUGCUUAUGACUGGCUGCGUGGCCGAAGAAACUAAAAAGGACCUUCACAGAAAAUCGCACCAGGCCCAAGUCCACCAACACCCUUUUUAUCCUACGUGUACCUGCCUCCUCUUCGAAUCACGACCUCAAUCCAGCUGUCUCCGACCACGUACGACUCCGUAUGACUUUGUGAGCAACCAAUUCCUCCAUUCAAAGCUCUCCCGACGAAAAAAAAAAGCAUACAAGAACAUGUCGGUCGUCUGCUUGCUAUAAUCGGUAAUCAACAGCGCAGCCAGAAAACACACCGAUACGAAACUUCACCUUAAAUUUGGAGAACACCACAAUGUCUCCAAUACUCAAGCCGCUAUUGCUGCCACGAAUGGUGGAGGAGAGAAGACAGAGAGAAGGCAUACUCGACGCCGAAAUGGACCUCUCGUCCACAUCCUUCUGUUCCCAGACUUCUUCAUCCGAUGUACCUUCACCAGUAACUCCAAACUUCUCCCGACAAGGGCACAUGAGAUAUUCUAGCUCCACAUCUUCAAUUGAAUCAACAUUCCACGCUGCGCUCACCGACAGUCCGUCCUCACCAACCUUUGUAGGAUCUAAAUCAAGCAAGCGAUCAUUGCCAGACGUCCAGGAAGAGCCACAAGAACGGGACGAGGAUUUCGACAUGUUUGACGAUGCGGUUGAUGACGACCUAUAUGAUUGUUUGUGUAAGUAGUCAUGGGCGGCGUUCAUUAUAAACAGGAUACAGGAUUACGGCUAAUUCAUGUAAAACAAUAGGCGACAGCCAACAAUGUCUCCACCGCGAUCCAACAAUGGCGCAAAGCUCAGAACAGCUUUCUACGCAACAGACGUUCGAUUAUGAUUUGGCCGAUGGUUUUCUAAGCGAUGGAGAGUACUCGCUAAGUUCACGUUCAAAGAAAAGAAGAGGAAAUGAGUUGCCACUUACAGGUCUCGCUGGGCGACUGGAAAAACGCUUCCCAUCAUUCUCGCGCAAGUGGCGAGCUAGAAAAGGGACUUUCUCGACCGGAUCAAUCGCCUCGGAUUCCCAGAACGAGAAGACCGGUUCAGGCGCCGCGUCAAGUCGUUCGUCCUCCGUCUCGAACUCAACUAGGCAAGCGCUAGACCAGCCCUUUGAGCCCCAGAUGCCACCCACUCCCACGGCGAGCGAGUUCGACGAGUCUUCUUCGGGUCUUCCAAUUGAUAUCGAAAAGGCAAAUGACCUUUGCGCCGCUCGUGAAGCUGAAUUCGCAGCAACGCCUCUACUUCCACCUCUUAUGACGGACAUUUUCGGUCCACGGGAUAUACCCAUGCAAUCUCCAUUGCAGUCUCCCUCUGUGGCUGAUAGAGAGCCACACGACCCUUUCUCUGGGCCAGGACAACUAACACCAAUCGAUUCCGUUACCACUCCUCAACUGGCCGGCAUUCCUUCUCCACCUCUCAGUACGAAGCCAUCUAUUUCCUCUUUUCAUCCGAACGCAAAUCGGCCAGGACAGCUCGUCCCAUCCUCCGAAAUCCCGCCUAUGCUCAUUGCCGACCCAAACGAUGAAUGGGCGAAUAAGCUUGGACACGCAAACUUUUGUAUUCUUCCGGAGCCAUACAUCCCUGAGAACUUUGAUUUGGAAGCUUGUCGCCAACUACGCGCCAACUGGGACCUCGCGCGAUGCAAUUACACCAAGCAUCUCGUUCGAACAGGAGAGCACUAUGGCGUUACCUCCAAGGCCUACAAGUUGACGGAAGAAAAAUGGGCGUCGGUUGAUGCUACCUGGAGGAAGUACAAUGACAUUACCAUUACCCACACAGCCGAGAAUGGCAGCGACGCGUUCGCAACCUUAAAACAUAACACUCUCGGGGACGACUCGAACGACAAUAUCAUGACACGCAUACCAUCGCUCAACGACAUCCGAAGCGAAGGCAAGUUCCCUCCCAUGGGCGACGAAGAUAUUGUCGGCCCAAUGCGAGUUAUGCAGCUGCAGCGUAGUCCAAGCAAGAAGACUAAAAUCAUGAAGUUCUUCGCCGAAAAGUUCCCGACCGGGCUUGGAAAACCAUGACAUUGCGCGGAGUACACGACUCGCCUCGUGCAGAACUAACACAAUCCCACCAAUAUUCGCGGACUUACAUUCCGCCUGGCUUGAACGCCGAAUUACCUAAUAUCGAACCACCAAGUUCGAAGCUUGUGUACAGCAUUAUUUCACUGCGCUUCUACCAACCACCACAUACCAAACUAUCUAUCACGAAUGAUCAUGACGGCCGAAUCUCGCUUUUCCUUGUUUAUGUUACGACAGCCGAUACCCUCACGCUCCUUAGCAAUACUACUGUCCUUCGACACUAUGCUGUCAUUGUCUUUGACGCCGAUAACUUUCUUGUUUAACUUACUCAACUUAUAUUGUUUAUUUUCGAACCUUACCGUUCAAUCAACCUUAUUGUAUGUACUUUGUGUUCUUCCUAGGUCAUUUUCAUAUCAGGGAAACUGGAACAGGGAUAUUUCUUUCGGGGUCAUCCGAUAGAUUUUGGCUUUGGGGAAUACCCUUUUUAGAAUAGGAAUUGGUUCUCUGAGUUUUCUUUUCCUUUUCAUGGGCGCGAAACUAUACAAAGGACCAUACAAGCAAUUGUGUCUAUGUUUGUGGGCUCAUUUUUCAUUUUUCAAUUUUUCAAUUUUUUUUUGUUGGGAAAAAGUAAGAAGGAAAGGAUUACAGGACAUCAUAGUGGUAGCAAUUGGCUUCUCUGACAUUGGAUGUUCUGGGAGAAAUGUGUAUAUAAUAGUAUGGAGGAAGGCGAGCGAAAGAGGAUGUGGCGGUUUUACGGCGGCUAUUACCUUCAGCGUCUCCCAAUGAGAUUUUGGUUGGGAGAGCGCAGUCUUUUUUGAAAAGGGGAUGUGGGGGGUGGAAUGAAGGAUUAACGAAGGCGGAACUCAUGGAUGAUGAGUAGAAGAUGAAUAAGAAAAAAAGACCAAAAAGCCACCAAA